AAGCUGGGUGUCAAUCAUGCCAGGUAGAUAGGUCAGCUGACAAUUUAUUCGUUUGAGGAAUGAUCAAAUUCAGAUAGUUCUGUACUAAUCAAACAUGCGCAAAGACUUUAUUCAGACCAAUUAUUACUGUAAACGGCACGUGGGACAUGGGUGCAUAAUGCACGAGAACAAAUGUUUUUACAUGUUUUUAAAUGUUCAUUACAUCAUGAAAUGCCUGUUGAGCUUUUGCAGCUAACAUCCGCAUGCACAUUUAACUGUUUGCCGAUACUAUUAUAAUUUAUCUCACAGCACAUUCAUUGCAAGAUUUACUCCACUCGCUAUGAUCGUACCAUAAUCUGGAAGCAUCAUACGUGAGUAGGCUGUCACUAAUUUAUUUCCAUCACAUAAAGUACAGCUAGCUUAAAAGACAAUUUCCAUGCAGUGAAUAACACACUAUUGAAUAAUAAAAAAAUAUAUAAAAAAGAUUACAAUUUAUCUAUCACAUCAUAGGCACUGCACUCUAGUUCAAUCAUCACCCAUGCCUGCAAAAAUAUCUGUCAACAUCCUCACCAUAGUUGGACAGAUAUCAACACGUAUAGAUAGAACCAAAUCUCUACAGUAUGCCUCGGCAGACAACUACCUCAACCAGAAAAUAUCGCUCGUCUUAUCAACCGGUAGUCGACAACAGCACUGCCUCACAGGGUAAAUAUGCUUCCUCUGCAUCCUGCACUGGAAAAUGAUAAACAGGAACACCGGCCGGCACGUCGCGAUAAGAUCGCGCAGUACUGCCUCGGAAAACCUGACCGACUCGGGAGGACGCGGUGAGGGGGAGGGAAGCAACGCCCACACGCGUGCUCAGGUUAUCCACAUGAGCAGCUAGCUGUCGUUUACCGCCCCCAACCUCGCAGCGAAGCAGAAAGGGUACGGAUGACGUACGCCAAACAACACAUGGCACCAUUAUAGCACGGGCCAAUGUCACUGCAGUUCCACUAGAGUGUAGCAGCUGAGAACCUUCGCUGGCAGGUCUGCACUGCCUUCCACUGAGAUCUGCCGGUGAAUCUAUGCCUGGACAUGUCUACUUAGCAGGGGACGUUGGCCUGCAGUACUUGCAGCGGUGCACUCGCCAGCAGACACGAUGGGACAGUACAGCAUUGUGGGUCUUCCACUUGUGCUGCUGCUCGUGACGUUCUGCAUGCGUCGCUCUGCCGCGUGUGUGGAAUCGUGCCAGUGCAACCAAACGGGAACGAGAUGGACGUGCGUCGGCGACGGCAGCGACGACCCGCCGGUCUUCAGCAAUAACAUCACUAUCAUCCGCUUUCUGGAAAUCUCACAAUACAAUAUCAGCGCACUGCGGAGAGACCACGUGGGCGACAAUCCGCGACUGGUCAGGCUCCUCCUAAACGGAAACGAGAUACGAAGCAUCGAGCCCGGCGCAUUCGCAGGCACAUCGCACCUACUAUGGCUGAGCCUGAACGAAAACAGCUUACGGGAGGUGGACGCACACUCGUUCGCCGAUCUGACAAUGCUCAAGCACCUCACGCUCGAGGGAAACGAAAUCGAAACUAUCGGCGACAGCACGUUCCAAUCGCUCGGCGAACUGCGCCGGCUUGACAUGUCACGCAAUCGCAUCAGGGAAAUCACGGGGCGCGACCUUCGGCCGCGACCCAUGCAUCCGUGAUCGUCCCUCGGCUUGGCCGACAAUGCACAUUGCC